GUAGUUGAACAACAAUGGCGACCUUUUUAACAGUGUAGUAGUGUCAAAUAUAAAAAGUUUUUAAAAACAGUGUCUUUUAAACAGUGAAUUUAAAAUUUAAACUUAUCUUUUUACUCAAAACUGUAGCAAGUUAAUAAUGGAUUCUGAAGAGAGCUCUGAAGAUAGAACAUUUGUAUGUUCUUCAUGUAACAAAGAAUUCAAAACUUUAGUCCUUUUUAAUAGACACAAGAAAACCCAUAAUUCAACCUGUGAAAAGUGCAACAAAACCUUUAAAACCUUCAGUCAGCUAAGGCAACACAAUAAAGAAAAACAUCCCAAGAUUAAAUUUUUCAAAUGUAAAGUGUGUCCUGAUUUAACGUUUAAUCAGGAAAAGGAAUUUUUAGUCCAUCUUCGAAAUACCCAUGAAGGAAAAAUUAUCGAAAGCCAUAUGUGCAAUGUAUGUGGAAGAACUUUUCGUACGAGCUCAGAGUUAACGCUGCACAUUCGAUCGAAAUGUGGAACCGAAAAACAAUUUAUCUGCAAGGAAUGCGGCCAAAAGCUCAUGUCACCUGGAUCACUAUACACUCAUUUAAAACGACAUAAGGGAGAAAAUAGUUUUAUGUGUAGGUUUUGUGCUAAACUAUUUCUCACAUCUGGGCAGUUGAAAGUACACGAAAGAAUUCAUACUCAACAGAAGGAUUUUGUCUGUGAAGUUUGUGGUAAAGGAUUCUGCCAUAGACAAAGUCUAAUUACCCACAUAUCUUUACACACAGGCAUCAAACCCUAUCAAUGUGAAGGAUGUGGUAAAUCAUUCAGCUGCGUUGGCAACUUAUUAAAACACAGACGUACUCAUGCAGAUAGUUGUGGAGCCAUUCCUAUGACUAGUCAUCGAGUUCAAAAUCCUUCCACUAAAAUUAAAGUAAGAAUAAAUACUCCCGCAUCGUCGAAGUUAAAACGUAUGCAGAUGAAAAAGGAACUGGAAGAAAAACUUGCCAAUUUGGAUAAAGAAAUAAAUGAAGAUAGGGAUGAAGAAGUUAAAGAUGAAGAUGUCAAGUCCGAAGAUGAUAGUUCUAGCGAAAAUACCGUUGUACAAAGUAAAGAUGUUUCCAAAUCAGAAGAAGACAAUAACGACGUUAAAAAAGAAUCAUCCAAAGAAUCAUCCGAUGAUGACAUUUUUAAUGACACUGAUAGUGAUUCAGAUUAUUUAGAAGCAGAUGAUGACGAUGAUUUUGAUAUUUUCGAAAAAAAGAAAUCCGUUAAAUCGAAAUCUCGUAAACGUCAAACUAUUUCUAUUCAAGAUGAGGAUGUUGAAAAUUUUAUAAAAAUACGAAAACUAGAAAAGGGAAAAACAGCAAUGUGUAUAUAUUGCAAUAAGGAAUACAGUAAUUUUAAGUGGUUAUUUAAACACGAACAAGAACAUAAGGAAAAUGGUGAUGUUAAAGAGGAAAAUACAGUUGUUUAUACCUGCGAUACUUGUAAUAAAUCUUUCGACACUGAAGUUAAUCUAAAAGAUCACGAGAAAUCGGAACAUCCUAAAGAAUUAGAUAUUUCCUGGUCGUCAUGUCUCCAAACAGGAUUAAAGGAAACAGAAAAGCAAGAUCUCAUACAAAAACAUGCUACGGGUGAUUUUAUUACAAAAUAUUCACUGGAGCUCCAGCAACACGAGGUUAUUAGCAAUAUUCAAAAACAAAUCUGUUGUGGCCUUUCGGCUAUAGAUAGUUAUUUAAAUAAAGUUAGUAAAAAUAAAGAAGAAUCCAAUUCAUUAGAUAUUCUUAAUCUUGUAGAUUCAGCCAAAAUAUUUGCAGAUCUCUAUUACAUUGUUUCCAAGGACGAUGUGGACAGCAAAAGUACUUAGUCUGUGGUGUUUAUGUAUUGUGUUUAUCCUUUUAUUUAUUUAUUUAUUUAUUGUGAUAUAUUAUUUAAAUGUAGUCUAGUGUAAUAUAAAUGUUUUAUAUUUAUUCAUAAUAUAUGCUAUUCAAAAUAUACAAA